AUGCUUUCGGGAGUUGCACUAAUCACAGAAGCCGGAUCUGGCUUCGGCCAGAGCGCCGCAUACUCGCUGGCCCGCAAUGGUGUUAAACAAUUUGCCCUUGUCGACACCAACGAGGCUGGACUGCAAGAGACAACGCAGACGCUAGCAUCGCAGUACAAGGUGACAGACGUGCUGAGUGUCUCCACUCCAUGCAGCACGGAAGAGUCCGUCGAGGCUGUCGUUCAACAAGCCGCGUCACGCUUCGCUCGUAUCGAUUUCGUCAUUCUGAAUGCCGGCUUCGGUGGGCCCAUGGGCGGCAGUCCCGACACGGCACCCGCCGCAUUCGAUACCCACCUCAAAGAACACGUGACUGGUGUCUGGCUCUGGCAUCGGGCCGGGAUACGGCAAAUGCUGCGGCAAGAGCCGCGCGACUCGCGAUAUGGCCGUGGCAGUAUCGUGCAUGUCUGCUCAGUGCAUGCCUUUGCCGCUUCACCCCCUCAAGUCGCUGCUGGUGCAUAUGUAGCGGGUCGACAUGCUAUCCUCGGUCUGACACGUUCUGAGGGCGUGCUGUAUGCACCCCAGCAGAUUCGUAUCAAUGCGCUCUGCCCUGGGUACAUCAUGUCGCCGCUCAUCGCGUCCUCGGAACAGACCAAGGCUUUCAUCGAUAACCUUGUGCGAGAGCGUGUGCCUGCAGGCCGGCUGGGAGAUGCUGAAGAGGUUGCUGAUGCUGUUGUGUUCUUGGCUGGGCCCAUGAGCAGCUACAUGUUUGGUCAGUCAUUGGUACUGGAUGGACAAGCUGGCGCAAAAGCCGCUUUCCCGUUGGGCGUUCCAUUCGCCCCUUUAUCGGGAGAAGACGCGGUAGACGACGAGGAUCCAGAUGUGACGAGAGCGGCUUCGAGAGAACCUAAGACGGCUGAGAAGCCUGUCAGGCGCAACGUCAUCAGUUCGUUGCUGAGCGCAUCGGCUUCGUCGGCAGCGAGAUCGUAG